AUGUGCUUUUUCUUCUCUUCUCUGCUCUGCUCUGCUUUGCUCUGCUCUGCUCUGCUCUGCUCUGCUCUGCUCUGCUCUGCUCUGCUCUGCUCUGCUCUGCUCUGCUCUGCUCUGCUCUGCUCUGCUCUGCUCUGCUCUGCUCUGCUCUGCUCUGCUCUGCUCUGCUCUGCUCUGCUCUGCUCUGCUCUGCUCUGCUCUGCUCUGCUCUGCUCUGCUCUGCUCUGCUCUGCUCUGCUCUGCUCUGCUCUGCUCUGCUCUGCUCUGCUCUGCUCUGCUCUGCUCUGCUCUGCUCUGCUCUGCUCUGCUCUGCUCUGCUCUGCUCUGCUCUGCUCUGCUCUGCUCUGCUCUGCUCUGCUCUGCUCUGCUCUGCUCUGCUCUGCUCUGCUCUGCUCUGCUCUGCUCUGCUCUGCUCUGCUCUGCUCUGCUCUGCUCUGCUCUGCUCUGCUCUGCUCUGCUCUGCUCUGCUCUGCUCUGCUCUGCUCUGCUCUGCUCUGCUCUGCUCUGCUCUGCUCUGCUCUGCUCUGCUCUGCUCUGCUCUGCUCUGCUCUGCUCUGCUCUGCUCUGCUCUGCUCUGCUCUGCUCUGCUCUGCUCUGCUCUGCUCUGCUCUGCUCUGCUCUGCUCUGCUCUGCUCUGCUCUGCUCUGCUCUGCUCUGCUCUGCUCUGCUCUGCUCUGCUCUGCUCUGCUCUGCUCUGCUCUGCUCUGCUCUGCUCUGCUCUGCUCUGCUCUGCUCUGCUCUGCUCUGCUCUGCUCUGCUCUGCUCUGCUCUGCUCUGCUCUGCUCUGCUCUGCUCUGCUCUGCUCUGCUCUGCUCUUCUCUUCUCUUCUCUUCUCUUCUCUUCUCUUCGUUGUGUGUUGCUCCCAUGUGUGCAUUCAACUUCUUAGUAUCGACGAGGCUUACUACGCUCUUCAGUAGUAAUACCCGAGGAAGUAGUUAA